UAGACUGUGUUACAAAUGAGGUGUCCGUCCUUCUGUUAUCUCCCCAGACGUGUUUACACCUGUGGAGGCGUUUUUACUGGAGAGUCUGGAUUUAUUGGCAGCGAAGGCUUUCCUGGAGUGUACCCUCCAAACAGCAAAUGUACUUGGAAAAUCACAGUUCCUGAAGGGAAGGUGGUUGUCCUCAAUUUCCGAUUCAUAGACCUGGAGAGUGACAACUUAUGCCGCUAUGACUUUGUGGAUGUGUAUAAUGGGCACACCAACGGCCAGCGCAUCGGGCGCUUCUGUGGCACAUUCCGACCUGGAGCGCUUGUGUCCAGUGGCAACAAGAUGAUGGUGCAGAUGAUUUCUGAUGCUAACACAGCUGGAAACGGCUUCAUGGCCAUGUUCUCGGCCUCUGAACCAAACGAAAGAGGGGAUCAGUAUUGUGGAGGACGACUGGAAAGAUCUUCUGGCUCUUUUAAAACUCCCAACUGGCCAGACCGGGAUUACCCUGCAGGAGUCACCUGUGUGUGGCACAUCAUAGCCCCCCAAAAUCAGAUUAUUGAAUUACAGUUUGAGAAGUUUGACGUCGAACGAGACAACUACUGCCGAUAUGACUACGUGGCUGUGUUUAACAGUGGAGAAGUCAACGAUGCUAAAAGAAUUGGGAAAUAUUGUGGCGAUAGUCCUCCAGCGCCAAUUGUAUCAGAGAGAAAUGAACUUCUCAUUCAGUUUUUAUCAGACUUAAGUUUAACUGCAGAUGGAUUUAUUGGUCACUACAAAUUCAGGCCCAAAAAAUUGCCGACAACCAUAGCCCCACCUGUUACCACCACACCCACUGUAACUACAGGUGUAAAGCCGACGGUGGCCCUGUGUCAGCAGAAGUGUAGACGAAGUGGGACGCUGGAGAACAAUUAUUGCUCCAGUAACUUUGUAUUGUCCGGCACUGUUGUCACCACUGUCACUCGUGGGGGGAGCCUGCAUGCCACCGUCUCCAUCAUCAACAUCUAUAAAGAGGGGAGCCUGGCCAUUCAGCAGGCAGGCAAGAACAUGAGUGCCAAGGUCAUCGUGGUCUGCAAGCAGUGUCCUCUCCUCCGAAGAGGUCUCAAUUAUAUUAUCAUGGGUCAAGUGGGUGAAGAUGGGCGAGGCAGAAUCAUGCCAAACAGCUUUAUUAUGAUGUUCAAGACCAAGAAUCAAAAACUCCUGAAUGCCCUGAAAAACAAGCAAUGCUAACAGGGAUUCUGGCAAAUCAUGCUGCUUUCUGUCACUGCUUUGAAAGAUCAACUAUCUCUUAGUAGAAAAUGCUAACAAGAAGAAUCAACAAACUAAAACAGCCCAAACAUAUGACAAUAAAUAUUGAGAAUCCCAAUGAUCAGACCAACAGACUCUUCCCAUGAGGAGGGAUGAGACCUCCUUCUCGCAGGUGCAAACUGCCUGUGCCCAGAGGAGCCGGGUCCGAGGCCGGCCUGCGGCUUGGUGCAGCGGAGCUGAAGCAGAGUCCCUGAAGCGCAGCAGCUUGGAAGCGGUUUACUGUCCGAAAAAGGGUGGUCUUGGGAAAUGAGUUGUGUGACAAUGUCAACACAAGUUUUUGUAAGUGCAAUAUUUAUAAUGCUAUUUGAUGGAUCUGUAUGCAUUUGCUCUGAGGUUGAUUCUUCUCUUACAUUUUUAAAAAUCAAUGCCUAAUAAGAUAUUUUUAAAUGCUUACGUAGCAAUCAUUAAACUUGUUUUUACAGAAAGUGGAAGACUGUAGAAAGAAUAAUAAAAUCUAAUGGAAACCCA